AUGUCUUUCUUAUUCACAUCCUCAACAUUCUUGCCUAGUCUUCUAUCAAAAUUAGUGGAACGUAAAUUACAAUAUCUAUCGUUAUCCGUUGGUCUUAUAUUUUGUUGUUCAGCAUAUCAACGUUACAAUCGGUUAAAAAACGAAUUACAACAUUAUGAAAGACGUGAACAAACAAUAUUGACACUGAACAAACAAAAACAACAAGAAUUAUAUUUUUUACAAACAAAUAUCACUCAGUUGGAAGAAACAGUUGAACAAACGUUUGUAAUAUCGUCAAAACUACCUCGAUAUAUGCCAACAUCAUCACCAGGUUUAGAAGCAACAACAACAACAACAACAACAACAGAAUAUAUUCAUAAUGAAAUAGACUAUGAUACAAAUAAUAGUAUCGUGUCUCGUAAAGAUGUCAUAUUAGAUAGUUAUACAGAGAAAGGUAGUCUUGUUGAUUACAUUGAUAUUCUCUACUGCAAUGAUAGUAGACUAGAUACUACAAAAGCAAAAUUUUAG